ACUUGACUGAAGCUUGUGUCCGUGUGUGUUUGCGGGAGCGUGUGUGCACGUUUGAACGCGUGUGUUUGUGUGUGUGCGUCCGAAAAGUUCCUGCAGGGGAGUGGAGAGUGGAGUAAUUCCAGCUCUCUUUAAAACAACUUCUCAGCACGGAUUCCGUCCUGGAGUUUGGCACCGGAGUGUCCGAUCUUUGCUUUGUCCCGGGACACUGACGCGGAGUUUCUGCAUCCCACACAGUGACAGAAACCGAGAUAUAGUGUUGCAGGGAUUUAUUUUUCGAAGCCAAGGAACCACGAAGGGAUCGAAGAGGCUCUAGUCUGGAAAGUCUGGAAAAGUUCUGAGUUUCUGAUUGUGAUGGUCUUUCUGUUCAUGUAAGCUGAUCCUGGCCCUUUGGGCGGUCUGACUAUGUUCUGUGAAUUGUGUGUGGGACCUUCAGAGUGUCGGGGAGUUAACGACUUUGUGAGAGGGCAGGCGAAAGAAGUGGCUUAAUUGAGUUGGCGACAGCAGGUCACUGAGCAGUGACUGCAUGUAGCCUUCUCCCUCAUCAGAUGUUCGGUGAUGUUUAACGCGAUGCGUGAUUGAUCAUUACCUUCUAAUGCUGCGAGGAAGCCUGGAAACGGCGACCACCGGCUGCGCACGCUGUGCGCACCGUGCACAAACUCACGGUCUUGUGCGUCGAGUGUAAAUCGAUGUGGCAUCUCCCGAGAAGCGGACGGGACCGACGGGACUCAUCCGAAACUGUUUAGGUUAUCGUAUGUUCAAGUCGAGACGCCCAGGUCUUGUACGGCGACUCUGGAGAAGCCGUGUGGUCACCGAGAGCGACGGGCGGGAUGGAAGCAGACGAGGUGAAGGAGAGCGGAACGGUGAGUGGGGCAGACACUCGGGAAAGCUCCACAGACACGAGCAGCGGUCGAUGACACACACCGACACGGCUCCGGGACUCACGGGGGAGGCUGGAGACCUGACAGAGGGCGCGGAGAGAGAGGACGAGGAACAGCCCGACGAUGACCGGGGUGCCAUGUGCGUCCCGGAGCACAGGGGCUCUCGGCGAGGACAGGAGAGCGACAGCAGGACGGUGACGUGUUGUUUGUUUGGGGAAUGGGAUUUCAGACCUCGGAGCUCUUACUGGGCCGCGAGAAAAGACGGAGCUGGCCCCUGUCAGUGCGCACCGAGGCGUGGGGUGCUGGAGGAGGACCUUGCGAGCACCGCUCACGCUUUUUUGAAGAGACUCAAGGAGAGAUCUUUGGACGCCUUGGUGAAGGCUGUGGAGACCAAAGGAGGGAUACCCGGCGAGUGCGUUAUGGUGCCGAAUACUGAGCUGCGGCUCGGUGCUCAUCACAUCUCUCCAUACUAUCUCCUUUGUAAGCUGUUCCGCUGGGGCGACCUGCCGCUCUCAGCGCGACUCAAACCGCUGUGCCACUGCCAGAGCUUCGGUGCUGUGGACAGCGCAAAGGUGUGCUGCAAUCCUCAUCACUACAGCCGCUUAUGUGGGCCAGAAUCGCCUCCACCUCCAUACUCUCUGUCCCGUUCAGAUGAACACAAGCCACUGGACUCAUCUCUGUCUUACACUGAAACUGCGCCACCCCUCUUCUCCAAUCCGCCUCUCAAUAUGCCAAGAGACUACACAGACACUGGUACCUCCAUCGGCUCGGUGACCUCUGGUGGACAUCGCUCUCACUGGUGUAGUGUUGCUUACUGGGAGCAGCGCACACGCGUGGGUCGCCUUUAUCCAGCCUACGAGCCCUCACUCAGCAUCUUCUAUGACCUACCUCAGGGCACUGGCCUCUGUCUUAGCCAACUCCAAGCCAACGCCUACCAUAGCCGGCGUGAUGACCCAGGCAGCCACAGCUUGUUAGGUCUUCACGGACAUCACAGGCACGGAGGGAGCAGCAGCAGCAGUGUGCAGCAGAUACGCAGUAAAAUUGGUUUCGGCAUCGUUCUGAGUCGCGAGCUGGACGGAGUUUGGGUGUACAAUCGCAGCCAGCACCCGGUGUUUGUUCACUCGCCCACUCUGGACCCGCCCAGUGCUCGAGGACUAAACGUGAAGAGGGUGAUGCCGGGCUUUUCUCUCAAGGUGUUCGAUUAUGAGUGCUCCAGCUGGAUGGCAGAGCACAGCGUAAAGCCCGAGAGCCAGGAGGGGCCCUGGGACCCCCACAGUGUUCGCAUCAGUUUUGCAAAAGGAUGGGGCCCCUGCUACUCCAGACAGUUCAUCACUUCCUGCCCCUGCUGGCUGGAGGUGCUGCUCAAUAACCACAGAUAGCACGCGCACACACGCUCAUAGACUCACAGGAAGCGUCCUGAUCCAGUAUCCUAAUUGUAAUCUACCUAGAUUUAAUAUAAAAUUUAUAUAUUAUAUAAAAUAUAUUAUACUUGUAAAUACUUGAGUCAUUUUUACAAUGCAAUUAUUUAUGUAUAGUGUAAUGUGUACAUGAACAAAAUAAAAAGGAACAAGAAUAUGCACUUUUGCCUCUAUAUAUGCAUUACAGAUUCUCAGCGUCGUUUCGCAAACAUAAAUAUGAAACUCUCAUGAUUUAGCAAUUCCAUUGAAAAGUAUGCCACACACACAUUGUCAAUAAAGUCUUUGUAUGAAGUGAA